CUAAUAUUCCCUUCUCUUGCCAUUCCAAGCGUAUUUCUUUAAUUCUUUUCACUGUGAAGAGAGUGAUUUGAGAAACGCUACCGUUUUUAACUUUCAUCUGGGGAAGAAUACGAUUAAGACGAAGCAGAAGAAACCCUAGCACCAACCAUCGUCAACCAAGGCCAGUCGCUUCGAAUGGGUAGUGGUGGAACCAAUCUUCCAUCACCACCGCCAGAAGAUGCAUGGGUUCAAUCUUACCAAAAACUGCUUCCCGAGUGGCAGUCCCUUACUCUCUCUCGCCAGGCAGCAAUACCAAUUUCCAUAUCUAGGGUUAAUCAAUUUGAUGCUGCAAGAUUGGAUAUUGAAAUGUCAGCCAUGUUGAAGGAACAAUUGGUUAAGGUCUUCUCUUUGAUGAAGCCAGGAAUCCUAUUCCAAUUGGAACCAGAACUUGAUGCUUUCCUUGAGUUUCUUAUUUGGCGGUUCUCAAUCUGGGUAGAUAAGCCCACUCCUGGAAAUGCCCUCAUGAACCUGAGAUAUAGAGAUGAACGUGCUCUGGAAAUUACUGGGAAAGUCAGAACAGGGUUGGAAGGACCUGGGCUAAACGUCGCUCAGAAAAUUUGGUAUUGUGUUGCUUCUGUUGGUGGUCAAUACAUAUGGGCUCGUUUACAGUCCUUUUCCGCUUUCCGUAGGUGGGGUGAUUCUGAGCAGAGGCCCUUGGCACGACGAGCUUGGGUGUUGAUUCAACGUAUAGAAGGACUUUAUAAAGCUGCCUCAUUUUGCAACCUACUCAUAUUUCUUUAUACAGGAAGGUAUAGAAACCUUAUUGAAAGAGUUCUAAAAGCAAGGCUUGUUUAUGGGAGCCCUCAUAUGAAUCGAGCUGUUAGCUUUGAGUACAUGAAUCGGCAGUUAGUGUGGAACGAAUUUUCAGAAAUGUUGUUGCUUCUUCUUCCACUUCUUAAUUCGUCUUCUGUUAAGAAUCUUCUGCACCCAUUUUCAAAGGACAAAUCGUCAAAAUCUGCAGAGGAUGAUAGUGCUUGCCCAAUUUGUCGCGUAACUCCAACAAUUCCAUUUCUUGCCCUUCCUUGUCAGCACAGGUAUUGUUAUUACUGCCUUAGGACUCGUUGCGCUGCAACUCCCUCAUUCCGGUGUUCCAGAUGCAGUGAGCUUGUGGUAGCCAUGCAGCGGCAUGGUGGCUUAGGCAGUCAUACUGAUCAAUAACUUGAAUAGGUAAGUAGGUGGAUUAAAAGGUUAUGUGACCUUAAAAGCAUUGUAUAAAUAUAUGCCUGAAUACGGCAUACUGUAUAAUUGAGUAAUUUUUCAUUUUUGUGCUAUAACAUUCUUUUCCCUGUUCGAGCAGGGGUUGCCAGUCAUUGUUCUCCUUAGUUCAUUACUUCUUUACACUUUCUACCGCUUAUAUUUCAUCUCUUUUUUAUUAAA